UAAUGGCCCGGCAGACCUCGUCUCACCAAGUUGCAGGCCGGUGGAGCUUCGAAUUUUGCAUGAGACAGAGACGAAGUCUCUAGUGCUCCAACGAGCUUGUUUUGUGGACCCCUUCAACAGCAUCUACGGCCUCAACAUGGCAUGUUUCGGAAGGACAGAGAAGUCCACGUGAACAGUAUCGACGAUUGAAUGUGUUAUUUAAUCCUCCGUAUGAUGAACGCCCCUACAUCCGAAGAACAGCUUGGAAGAGUUGACUGAAACGUGAUCACGCGUUGAUGCGUUUUUAUUAUCCCCAUUUUUACCAGAGUCGGCCAAACCGGGUGCAAAAAAUUGUUCAUGUUUUGCAGCGACUGGCCUGUUCUAAAAUUGCGCCGUUGUCGUGGAGAUUGGAUUCCAUUCCGCCGAGAAAGAAAAGAAUGUGUAGUCCUUAAGCAGCAGUGUCUUCGUGGAUAAGAAUCGGGGACCAGUGAUGAGAGAAGAGUAGGCUUGAAUCGUCCCACUCGUAGCAGUGGGACCGAUACCUCAUGACACAGGACCUAGCCAUGCUUGAUCACAUGCUCACUCUGUCACUUAAUCAUGGCCGCAACCAUUUGUCACAGUCCCUAAACAACUCAUGGAUGGGACGAGGAUUCUCACACCUCAAUCCUUGUCUGGGCAAAUGCAAAACGAAAGCAUCUCCAUAGCAACCACUUGUAAAUAUUUUUUUGGAAUUUUUUUGAACGUUUGUUUGACCUGUGUUGGUGGAACGGAUUUGGAUGUCUCAGCGUCAACCAGAAGGCCAGGGGAACCAUUUGUCAGCAAGUAGUGUCAUUAUGAACAAAUGGACACAUGCACGUGAAAUAGUUAAUGUAUGCGUUGCUGACACUUCAAUUGGUGAUUUGCGACUAGCAGUUUUUUUGUUUUUGUUUUUUUGUUUUUUUUUUCUCUCUCUCUCUCUCGCUCUCUCUCUCUCUCUCUCGCUCUCUCUCUCUCUCCCUGUCUCUCUUUUGUAUCCGUGUAUGUACCAUUAACAAACUCGCGAAGAUGAGGACAUUCAUUCGCGACAGACAAUUGUUACCACAUAGCUCUCAUUUUUUAAGUUAUGAGUCAUGACUUCCUGCAAGUUUGGACGGUCCUUUUGUUUCAAGUUGGAGGAACUGGAUGCAGGGCAAAUAUUCCAGUUGAACAGCUACUGUCUGGCGCGCCUUAACUGUAUUAACUACCUGUGGUUGCGUUCCUCCAGGGCCGGGAAUUUGCGAAAAUCACGUGGCUUCAUCGUAUCCUUCAAUCAAAUGUGACGAGAGUUCUCACAUGUGAACUGUGUGUGCAGAAUCGCCUCCUUGCCUCAUUGGAAAUUGCCUCGACGGUUAACCUAAUUUCAGAGGAUUUCCACUCUUAUGCAUCUUCUGUUCCACAAGCGUUGGAUUCUCUGCAGUGCACUUGGUCCAACAUGAGUACACGCGGAUCCCUAACAAAUUGAGCGCGGUCAUUUUGGUUUCAAGCGGGAGCUAUGAAGAGGCUUUGACUUCAUCGUUAAUCCGGAGAGCUAUUUUGAGAGAAAAGAUCGCAGUGAACUCGCGGAUGCGAAGCUUUUCCCAAACGGACGGACGAUCGUGGUAUGCAGAGCUUCACACACAUGGGAUUUCAAAUUCUACCACAAUUCAUGUGAGUUUCAGUUAGAAGCACGUCAUUAGAAUGGAUCCUCGAGGUGGUCCACGGCCCAGCCCGUACAGCAUCCUAACACUGGAUGCUUCCACGUCGAACCCAGUGCGCCCGUCGCAGAGGCUCUCACCAGAAGCUGGCGGUUACAUCGAAACCAUUACACGAGGUGCAUUGAAACCUAGCACCAAUUACGCCUCUGGAACCGCACAACAGUUUGCUGGAAGCUCACAACAAUAUGCUCCCAGCAAAGCCACAAGCGCAGGGUUCGAAUUUCAAAAGUACAAGAAAAACGUUGAUUCGUAUGACAUCCAUGAUCGGGAUCCGCCGCCUUAUGACGAACAUGACUUACAUGAAAUACAUCCUGCUGAAGCCCGACCAAAAGUUGGUCACGCGGUUGUCGAACUUCAUGAGGCCGGACCUUUUACAGACGAGCAUCAACCUGAAGCUAUUCAGACAAUGGUCAAGAUGGUCACGAUGUUGAACUUCAUGAAGGUUGAGCUAGGAGACCAUAAAACGUUGCGGUCCAAGGAGCAGUGGCGGGCUGCGGCAGCUGAAUUUAUCGGCACGAUGCUGUUCGUGUAUCUCGGAUGUGGGUCAGUUAUCGCAUCAGGAAUGAUAUCACGAGAUAUGACCUGUGCAAGGUUGGUCGUCAUAGCUGUAGCCCAUGGUCUUGCAAUCUGUUGUCUGGCAGCUGCCACUGGCGCCAUUUCAGGCGGUCACUUGAAUCCUGCCGUUACUCUGGCCUUUGUUGUGGCUGGGAAGGAAACCCUAAUUCGUGCUGGCUUGUACAUAGGUGCUCAGCUAUUCGGUGCAAUUAUUGGAGCAUGGUUGAUCCAAUCUUCUACCCCCGGCUACUUGCAGAGGGGUUUGGGCUCUCAUGACAUUGAUAAGAAUGUGUUCGACAGUCAAGGUUUGUUGAUGGAGAUUGUGCUCACAUUCAUGCUCAUAUUUGUCGUUUUCGGUGUGGCUGUUGACCGCCGUGGACCUGGCGUCAUUGCACCGAUACCCAUUGGUUUUGCUGUUUUAGUGGAUCAUUUGGUAGGAGUGCCCUACACGGGAGCAUCCAUGAAUCCUGCGAGAAGCUUUGGCCCUGCGCUAGUGAGUGGCCAUUGGGGUCGUUCUCAUAUCAUCUACUGGUUUGGUCCUUGCUUUGGAGCUUCCCUGGCUUCAGCAAUCUACAGAUUAGGGUUUUUGGAGCCCAGCUUAGCUAAACCUCUGGAAGCAUCAAAAAUCGGCAAAGCUCCUGAAAGAGCAAUGCAGUGAGAGUGGCAGUGACGCAUCUCAGUUUGAACUUCACUUCACGCCCAUGGUGAAUCUACAGCAUGCCACAAACUAAUAAAUGAAGUGAAUCUACAGCAUGCCACAAACUAAUAAAUAGAAUUGGGCCCAAUUGCAAAAGCGUGGGCUAAAUCCUAAACUUAACUCUAAACCCUGCCCAGCAUUUCUGAAGCCAAUUCGUCGAGCAACUUCAACUCCAAAACUAGAAAGAGGAAAAACACAAUCAUUCCAAAUGAGCACAAUCACUUCUUGAUGCAGGGUUAUUGACUUUAGCACUCACGCAACCAUUUCUUUUAUAAAAAUAAAUGGAAAGUAUGAUUAGAAUGAAUCCUUCAAAUCAAAAAAUUGUGAUGAGUUAAGAAAAAUUUAACUUAUAAUUUUAUGAUUUUCUAAA